AUGAAAAAUAACGAUGCCAAGAGGCAUAAACCGGUAAAAUACCCUGAUUUAGAGAAAGUUUUGUGCGAGUGGUUUCUUCAAAUGCAAGAGAAAGUGAACAUGUCAGGGGAAAUUAUCCAAGAAAAAACAAAAGAUCUUUUCCUGAAAAUGUAUGGUGAAACUAAUUCAGAAUUUAGCUUCUCUUCUAGUUGGUUAGAACGUUUCAAGUCAAGGUACGGAAUCAAGUCUUAUAGACGUUUUGGUGAAAAUAGUUCAGUUAUCAUGGAGAACAUUGAAAAUGAAUUGCCUAGCAUACGGUCAAAACUAGAUCAGUUUGAAUUGAAGGAUAUUUAUAAUAUGGAUAAAACUGGACUAUUUUAUCGAUUGAAAGCUGAUUACUCACUUGCUACCAAGCAGCUUGAAGGUCGCAAAAAAGACAAAGAGAAAAUUACUCUUGCUCUCUGUUGCAAUGGUGAUGGAUCUGACAAAGUACCAUUGUAG